AUGGCCUCCAAGAUGUUCGCCUCCCGAAUGGCCACCAUGGCCUCUUCCAACGUCGCUCGCUCGACCGUCCGCAGCCAGUUCGCUGCUGUCCCCAAGCGUACCUUCACCAACGCCGUCCGUCCUCAGGGCCAGCGCUUCGCUGCUCCCAACGCCUUCCAGGCCUCCAAGCGCACCAUCCCUGCCACCGUCGCUCGCCAGGCUUUCCAGGCCCAGGCUCGCCGUGGCUACUCCUCUGAGAUCGCCAACGCUCUCGUCGAGGUCUCUCAGAACAUUGGUAUGGGCUCUGCUGCCAUUGGUCUUGCUGGUGCCGGUGCCGGUAUCGGUCUCGUCUUCGCUGCUCUGUUGAACGCCGUUGCCCGCAACCCUUCUCUCCGUGGUACCCUCUUCGGUUACGCCAUUUUGGGUUUCGCUUUCGUCGAAGCCAUUGGUCUUUUCGAUCUCAUGAUUGCCAUGAUGGCCAAGUUCCUGUAA